CUCCAGGCAGCUGAUCCUGGCGGCGGGGCAAGGGAGCUUCGAGGAUGGCGGCGUCCGCGGCGCUGAUUCUGCGGGAGAGUCCCAGCAUGAAAAAAGCAGUGUCGCUGAUAAAUGAAAUAGAUAUAGGAAGAUUUCCACGAUUGCUCACCCGAAUUCUUCAAAAACUUCACCUGAAGGCUGAGAAUAGUUUCAGUGAAGAAGAGGAAGAAAAACUUCAAGCUGCAUUUUCUCUGGAGAGACAAGAUCUUCACCUAGUUCUUGAAACAAUAUCUUUUAUUUUAGAACAGGCAGUAUAUUACAAUGUGAAGCCAGCAGCUUUGCAGCAGCAGUUAGAGAACAUUCAUCUUAGACAAGACAAAACAGAAGCAUUUGUCAAUGCUUGGUCUUCUAUGGGUCAAGAAACAAUUGAAAAAUUCAGGCAGAGGAUUCUUGCACCCCACAAGCUGGAGACGGUUGGAUGGCAGCUUAACCUUCAGAUGGCUCACUCUGCCCAAGCAAAACUAAAAUCUCCUCAAGCUGUGUUACAGCUAGGAGUGAGCAAUGAGGAUUCGAAGAGCCUGAAGAAAGUUCUUGUGGAAUUCAGUCACAAGGAAUUGUUUGAUUUCUAUAACAAGCUAGAGACCAUACAAGCACAGCUGGAUUCCCUUACAUGAUGUUCGUAAAGACUGGUUUCUCUAUCACACUCCUGCCACCUCAUUGUUUUGCAUUGAAGAUAAACUGCCAGGUUGUGUUUUCUGAAGGAUUCAUUAGCUUUCUUCUUGUAAAUUAUAUGGUUUAUUGCUUCUUAUUACAAAUAACAGCCAAGGAAGAUCAUUGUUUUGAGUACUGAAGUUCUAAUAUACAUUCUACAGUUCUGUGAGCCAACAGCAAGCAAUUGUUAAGAACAUUUUUGUUUUAAGGGGAACAAAAGUGAAUAUCAUAUUGUUUUUACUGUCCUAUUUUUGCUUUAUUGCCUGACCUGUUUAUUUUUUACAUACUUGAUGAUACUUUUAUGUAUCAAGAAGGGUCCAUGGAUACAAAGUGUAAUAUGUACCUUAGAACACAGAACUUCUUUAAUUACAUUAAUAAAAAUAAGUAGCCACAUUCAAUUAAAUACAUUAUGGCAUUUAUUUCCUUUAAUAUAAUGAGUGUAUUUUGCUUGGGAAAUAAUAUAGGAAAGAAAUUUUAAAUAGAGCUAGUACUAGUACAUCAGCCAACUCCAGUAUGAGCAUCUCUGUGCACUUUAAUUUUUUCUCUGAGUUUAAUGAUUUCAUAACAGUUCAGGUUUUUGUGUGCUUUUUUUUGUACUGAAAAUUAAUAAUGAUUCAUUUCAAGGUGUGGGAGACACAUUCAGAUCAUGAAUAAAAAUAACUGUAAUGAGUGCUAAAUGAUUAUCCUUAAAAUUUUAAAACAGAAUGUAAAACAAAUUUUAUGUUCUCUUUUUGUAAAUAUGUUAAUUUCAGUCAAGAAGAUUUUUAUGUCUUAGAAUUAGUUGAAGUGCACAGUAUUUUAUGCUAUGGAUCUAUAUAAAUAUGAGUAUGGUUGCCUGCAGAAAAUAAUAUCAGUUGAAUUUUUUAUGAAUGAAAUGUCUGCACUAUAUUAUUUCCAGUGAGAAAGAGAGUGAGGGAGGAAAGGAGAGAAAGGGAGAGGGGAGGGGGGGAGAAAAUGAGAGAGAGAGAACAGAGAGAGACAGAGAGAGAUUCAAAUAUGACUUCACAUGAAAGAAUUUGAUUUCAGAAAUAUCCUAUAGUUAAACAGAACCAUUGGAUUUAAAUCACAUUCUUUAUAUGAGGUAUCUGAGUAAUAUGAAUGUUAAAUGUCUCCCAAAUAAAUGUUCAGUAUAUGGAAUUUAUGCCCUUACUUAUUUAUAUGUGUGUUUGUAUGUUGUUGCUUAGAAGGAUUAGGUGUUUGGAUUAUUUCAGAAUGUAAAUAUUAUAGUGGCUGUCCAUACGUGGUUGAUUUGAAAAGUUUUUAAACUCAAACUUCCAUUGAUAGGAUAUCUAGAAGACGUGUUUAUAAUAUAAUGGGAUUUGUUUCCAUAUGUAGCUUGUGGGAUCUAUCUUAUAUUUUUAUGCUCUGUUCUGCUGGUCCCCAGAGGAAAGUACCUGACUACUGUAAACAUUUUGGUAAAUAUUCUUUCAGACUUCUUCUUAUGUACAAAUAAACAUACAUCAUUUCAAGUUGAAUUUGUUGGGCCUUCCCAACAGUGACCAUAUGAAUAGGUAGAACUUUUCAUUGGUUUGAUGCCAACUUAACUCCCAGUGUAGGUAUCUAAGUUAAAUGUGACACUUCAUAAUGAAAUUUCCUAUUUGUAGCUUAAAAUAGUGGUAAAUAGUUUUCUCUCCAUCAAUCUAGUUCAGGAAAGUCUGACCAAAGGCACUGAAGGAAGGACCAGUAAGUAGUAGGUCUAAUUCUAACUAAGAACAUAAUUAUUCCUGAAAUAUAUUUAAUUCCAGAUAAUUUUAUUUCUUAAGCUACCACCAUUGUUACGAUACACAAGUAAAAGAAGAUAUCAUUCCCAAAGAUUAUUAAGGUGUGUGUUACAUUUUCAUAGAAAUAAGGUGGGUGGAGCCAUAAGUGGGAACUGAAACCUACUGUCUUAGCAAAUAAACAUGUUUUGUAUGAGUGCUUGUCAUGAGGAUUGAAUAAAAAUAUAAAUUACUUGUUAGAAAGGAGUACUACAAAUAAUAUUUGCAAUUCUCCAAUUAUAAAAUAUUAUUUUUAAGUAGGAAACACAAAAAAAAAUCAUAAAGGAGUAACCUAAAAUCAUAGACUCUCAACAUCCAGAAACAGCCGUUAAUGACAUUUUGGUAGAUUUUAUUGAAGGUUUGUUUUUUUUUUCCUAUUCCUGUAUCUUUCUCUACUAUCUUUAAGUAGUCCUUCAUUUGAAUGAGUUACACUUUAUUUAUUCAAUCUAUUGUUGGACAUUUAGAUUAUUUCCGGUUUUUUAAAGUACUAAAGAACUCAACUGGUAAAGAUCAUUAUAAAUAAACCCUAAACCACAUUUCUCAUUACUUUAUUAAUACAGGUUCCUAGAAGUGGGAUUAUUAUGCCAAAAGUAUGAAGAUUUAUUUUCUGUUUUUACUUUUAAUCGGAUUUUAUUAUAAAUAUAAAAUUGCCUAUAUUUUUUAAAAAGUGUUCUUAAAAAAGUCUAUUUUGCUCUCUUACUCCCUAGAAAUACCUACCUAACUAGUUAGAAACAUUUGGUUUAUAUCUUUUCGGAUAUCUCAUGUAAAUUCAAACACACACACACCCCUCUUUGUGUAUGUUUUUAUUUAUUUACAUUUAUUUAUUUAUUUUUUAUUUUGGUUGCUCUGGGUCUUAGUUGGGGCAGGCAGGCUCCUUAGUUGCAGCAUAUGGCCUCCUUAGUUGUGGCUGGUGGGCUCCUUAGUUGUGGCAUGCAAACUCUUAGUUGUGGCAUGCACAUGGGAUCUAGAUCCCUGACCAGGGAUUGAACCCAGGCCCCCUGCAUUGGGAGUGCAGAGUCUUAACCACUGUGCCACCAGGGCAGUCCCUAUUUACAUUUAUUUUAAGGCCAUUUUUGCAUAUUGAUAAAUUGUUUUCUCAAAGGUUCAUAACAGUUUAUACUCUUACCAACAAUAAAUGAGAACUCACCUGCCUCAAGCCAACUUCAUCACCCUCUUCCUCCUACUGUACAUUUUAUUCUCAACAUUUUUUAAAAUCUAGGAAUGGGUUUGGGAAGAGUGUGGAGUGAGAGUGGGUUGGAGAUUGAAGCAUCACUAAUUACUUGGGAUAUGUUAUAUUGAUAAUUCCAGAGGGAUAGAAGAGAAAAAUUUCUUCUAAAAUCAGCAAAUGUGAAAAACAGUUGUACAGUGUUUAAGCGUAAAAGCACUGAAGUCAGACAUUUACUUCCUCAACAAAUAUUCAGUGACUGCCUAUGGUGCCAGGAACUGAGUGUACGCUAGACAUUAUGUUAACAGUGAUGAGCAAAAUUAAUAUAGUUCCUGGCGUCUUGAAGUGUAAUGUGUUAGGCAGUCAGUUAAAAAACAAGCAAGAUGUAACAACCUAAUUGGGAAAAGAAUUUGAAAAAGAAUAGAUACAUGUAUAUGUAUAACUGAAUCACUUUGUUGUACACCCGAAACUAAUACAACAUUGUUAAUCAACUAUACUCCAAUAUAAAAUGAAAAGUUAGGGGCUUCCCUGGUGGCGGAGUGGUUAAGAAUCUGCCUGCCAAUGCAGGGGACACGGGUUCAAGCCCUGGUCCGGGAAGAUCCCACAUGCCACGGAGCAACUAAGCCCGUGCACCACAAGUACUGAGCCUGCACUCUAGGGCCCGCGAGCCACAACUGCUGAGCCCGCAUGCCACAACUACCGAAGCCUGCAUGCCUAGAACCCGUGCUCUGCAACAAGAGAAGCCACCUCAAUGAGAGGCCUGCGCACCACAAUGA